CCCGCUGGCAAACGUUUAGUUAGUAACAAGAUGGCGGCGUCGUCGAGUUCGCAGGUGAUUUCUCUGUACAGGAUGCUCUUAAGAGAAAGUUACAAGUUCCCCUCGUACAAUUACAGGACGUACGCAGUGCGGCGCGUGCGUGACGCGUUCAGAGUCAACAAGAAUGUGGACGACCCAAAAAUGAUGGAGAGGUUGGUGCUGGAGGGCCGACAGUCGCUGGCACUGAUCCAGAGACAGGUGGCCGUCGGCGACAUGUUCCAGGCCCAGAAGACGGUGGUGGAGUAGCAACAGGAGGAAGUGACAUCGCGACCCGAUUCCUGUUUGUGAGUUUUACAGUAGACCUCAACUGGGGGUGACCAAUAAAGCGCUUAUUUGGAGAGCCGUGGAGCGAGUCUUCAUUUCCUCAAAGCGAUGUGAUACGAUAGCGAGAAACAGCGCGGCUGCUAAGAAACACUUGUAUUGAAAGUGUAUGGGAGGCAUAAAACAUGAAAUAAAAAUGUUUGUUUAUGUGGCUUCGA